CCGGGCAGACCUCUCGACUCUGCCGCAGACAUCUGCUCCUAGAGCCGCUGCAGGGAGAAAUAAAGAACUGUAAACCACAGCACUAACCUCCCUGUUGUGUGUCGUGGACUCGUGUGCAGAAGAAGCGGUUGGGUCUCGGUGCUGUGUUGUCGUGUCGUUGAUGGGACUCACCUCCUGAGUGUGAAGUGGUACAGUCCCGUUACUUCUCUCUGGAGCCUCCUGUGUUUGCAGCAGCUGCAGUUUUGCGCACGACGAGAUGAGCAACAUGCGGAUAAAGUGCACUUUACUCUAACACGGACAAUAGAAUGAACUUAUACCAGCUGGCUGUUUUACUGGGAGCAUCAUUGUGUGUGUGUUAUGGUGUCCAUGUCACAGUGCGGGAGAAGCAGCGGCUUGGGAUGCUCUUCCAGUCCGUGGUCCUCCCAUGUCAGUACCAAACGGCCUCCACCCAGGCCCCGGUGGUGCAGUGGUGGUACAAGUCCUACUGUCGAGACCGCACACGAGAGUCCUUCACCCUGCCAGAGAGUCUGGGCGUGCAGGCCUCCGAUCUCGGAGCCACUUCCCACCUGGAGUGCUCCGACAGCAGCCGCACAGUUCGGGUCGUGGCCUCGGCGCAGGGAGCCUCCAUGACGCUGGCUGAGCACUACAAGGGCAGAGACAUCUCCAUCGUAAACAAAGCAGACCUGCGGAUCGGAGAGCUGAAGUGGGGCGACAGUGGAGUCUACUUCUGUAAAGUCAUUAUUGCUGACGAUCUGGAGGGGAAGAACGAGGGCCAGCUGGAGUUACUUGUGCUUGGCAGGACAGGUCAGCGGGACGAUCUCCUACCUGAAUUUGAUGUGGAGUUUAUGCCAGAGUGGGCGUUUGUGGGAUCUGUAGUCCUGGGUAGCAUCUUGUUCCUGUUGUUGAUGGGGAUCUGCUGGUGCCAGUGUUGUCCUCACUCCUGCUGCUGCUACGUCAGCUGCUGCUGCUGUCCUGACACCUGCUGCUGUCCAAGACACCUGUAUGAGGCAGGGAAGAUGGCAAAGAGUGGACAACAGGCCCAGGUACCUGUGUAUCCCUACUACAUCCCUGGUGUCCCUACUGUGGUCUCUCUUGCCCCGUCAUCCCACAUGGACCCCAAAAUUACUUCCAUCCCUUCAGUGGAAAAUAACCUGGCUGCAGUGCGCAGUGGUUAUCGACUGAACGCCAGUCAAGACCAGGACUCAAUGAAAGUUCUGUACUACAUAGAGAAGGACCUGGCUCAGUUUCCCUCUGCCAAGAUGGCUGCACUCAAACCCAGUAGCCUAUCAGAACUGAGCUCUCUGCACGAGGGUGGGACAACAGACUUCAGACACACGUAUCAGACGGUCCAGAUGAAGGCGCUCCCGCCCAUCGCAGAUCUCGAUGGCCAGUCAGUAGUGAGAGCAGCUCCACCUACACAGAGGCACAGGCCCAGACGGGACAGAGGACACCUCUCAGAUGAUGAACUAGACCGAAGGUGGAACCCUCGCUCAGAGCACCUGAAGAGAAAGACGCUGGGAAGUAGAGGGCGCACCGGCUCCCUGGACGAGCUGGAGGAAUUUGCUUGCUCUUACGACUCCCACAGUCGACGGGCUGAGCCUCCGUACCGCCCGUAUGAUCGGGAUUACAGCCCUCCCAGGCGUGUCUACAAAAAUGAGGAUGAUGGCUGGGGGCGCAGGAGCCCCUCGCCAUUACCCCAAAAGAGAAGGGACACAUGGGACAGUGAUCGUCCGUCUCGGCCACCUCAGAGCAGAGGAUACGACAACACCUUCCUCAAUAACGUGUUGGAGAGCAAGGCGAAGGGGCGGGGAGCGGAGAGAGGUGCUGGGAGGACGGACGAGGACAGUGACACUCCCUCCAAAGGCAGCUCCAGAGGAAAAGGCAGCAAUAGUUACUACAGCCGGUCGCCUAGCAACCGUCCAGAAGAGGAUGACCCUUUGCCUCCAUAUUCUGAGCGGGAGGCUGAGCGGUACCGCAGGGCUGACCCAUCCACAGACCGGUACCGCACUGCAGAACCUCCCAGGUCAGACAGAUACAGAACCACUGAACACGCCAUGAGGCCUUUCUCUUACACCCGGCCCCCCCAACAGGGAAUGUCCCACACACUACAGGGGGGCAGAGAGGAGAGGAGCCGAAACCUGAGCACCGCACCGAGCAGGGACUCACUCAUUGUGUGACGAGGUUUCCCAGCCUCCAUCUGCACAGCACUGCCAGACCGUUCAUUUAAACCGUCCUGUUGCUACGCAGGAGGGGAUAACUGUUCCGCCAUCCGCCACAUGAAGCCUGACUCCUCUUACUGAUGUGACUGCACUGAAAAAAACAACAUAAAUGGAAGAAAAAUGUGCUUUAGUUACACCAGUGUAUUUCUGCAUGUGUGGCAUAUAGACAGUAUGUAUGUGGUGUGUACAGCAGUUUUAUCUGAGUUUUUUAAAAGUUGUGUGACUGUAUUUACUUCAUACCAGUGCCAAGAUGUGUUUUUUUAUUACUCUCUGCCAAUGGUCUUUUGUAAACUAAGCAGAACACCAUAGUCUUAUUGUUUUCCUAGUCUUCAUACUCAUACUCAGUACACUGCAACUCAGGUUCACUGCGUAUUCGUGUGGUUGUCUGUUGUUGAUAUUGUACUGUAUGUAAGUACCUUGAAUUUGUCAGCAGAUUUGAAUUGCACUGCCUAAAUAAAUACUUUUUGAAUAAAGAAAACUUUAUUAACGUC